AUGCAAAUUGAGUAUGUGGUUACUUUUGUUUAUGCAUUUAAUGUGAAAGAGGACAGGAAAGAACUGUGGGACCAUUUGAGUCAAAUAAGUGGAGGAAUGUUGGAACCUUGGGUUGUCUUAGGAGACUUCAAUGCUGUGCUGAGUACGGAUGACAGAAUAGGUGGAAAUACAAUCACGCUUGCUGAAGUGAUUGACUUUCAAAAAUGUGUGGACACUUGUGGGCUUGAGGAAAUGAAGAAUGAUGGUUGCAAAUACACCUGGAAUGAUAAACAAGACUCCAGGAUAUUUUCAAAGAUAGACAGAGUACUAGUGAACAGAGAAUGGGUAGACUCUAUGCCAGAUAUCACUGCACAUGUGCUCCCUGAAGGCACAAGUGAUCAUUGCCCCAUAACUGUUCAGUUAGUGCAAACCCCUAUGAAGAAGAAGAAGGCUUUCAAGUACUGUUAUGUCUGGAGUAACCACCCUGAGUUUGAGAGGAUAAUUAAAGAUGUUUGGAAUGAGCAAAUAGAAGGGUACUUAAUGUUCCAGGUGGUCAAGAAGAUGAAACUGUUGAAGCAAAAGUUGAAAGCUCUCCAUAAAAGCAACUUUUGUAACUUAGUUGAGAAGGCAAAUCAAGAUAGAGAGGAUCUAAAGAAAGUUCAAACACAACUCCAACAGGAUCCUCAGAAUGUUGCCUUGCAAGAGGAGGAGAAAGAAGUAGGUGGAAGGUUUCGGAGAUCAAUGUACCUUGUUGAGUCCUUGUUGUUGCAAAGGAGUAAAGCAACAUGGAUAAGGCAAGCUGAUGACAACGCAAAAUACUUUUUCUCUGUGAUAAAGAAGAGGAAGCUGAUCCAGUCAAUUACUCAAGUACAAGAUGAACAGUGCCAGUGGCAAUAUGAACAACAGCAAGUGGCAGAGGUGUUUGUGAAGUUCUACAAGCAGCUUUUGGGAGAUGUGGGGGAAACUAGGAGAAAAUCAGAUGCUAGAAUAUAUGGGCAAGGGUCAAAACUAUCAGUCGAACAGCAAUGUGAUCUGGUGCAAGGAUUUACAAGGAAGGAGACAAAGCAGGCCAUGAUGAGUAUAAACAUUAAUAAGAGCCCUGAACUUGAUGGGUAUGGUGGGGGAUUCUAUAGAGCAGCCUAG